UAUGCACUCAUCCAUUUUGCCGGCUAAGCGCUCAAGAGGAGUGUGUUUGAGAAAUCAGCAACACUGCUGCUGUUGUUUUUCUUGGGGGAAAAAUUUAAUUCAGCAGACCAAAGUGUAAAGUGCUUCGUUUUGUGUUUUGGCAACACUCCUCUGCCCCUAUCAUUUACUUCCCACCCCCCAUCUCUUACGCGCUCUCUCUCCUUUACUACAUCUGUGAUCGGACUUGGCUCACCGGCUCACUCUCGGCUGCCUCAGUCGGCUGACGGUGUUGACACUGGGACCACUACCUGCUGCUGGGGGAUUAACCGUGCUUUGAAUAUCCAAAGUCUGCUUUGUCGCUUUGGCUGCUGUCCGCUGUGAGGGUCCAAAUCAGAGAAGAGACAUAUAAAUCCACGUGGCCAAAACACCGGGCAUGGACAGAAACAAUCCAAAGGAAUGGAUAUUCAGGGAAGCAUAAAAAACAGCUGACAGCUGAGUGUGUAGACAGUGAAGAAGUUUAUUUUUCCGUUAAGGACCGGUAACAGAACAUGAUGAAUUGGCUCGGGGUACAAUGAGAGCUUUUUUUCGUCUCAUUUUUGCAUCUGGAAUUUUGACUCCUGGUGUUAUCUUUUUGCUGCGUUACACUUUCCAAUCCCACUGAGUUGUUUCAUUUAGCGUUGAUGUUGACAUCCUCAUGGAAUCACUUGGACAGCUUCGGGGAUUUCAAUCCGUAACUUCUCCGUUUUUUUGAAACUUAAUAAGACAUUGAGAAGUGGAGAAAGAAUCACAAGCCCAAGAGCAUUUUCUCUUUUUUUUCAAGGCAUCCAGCUGCUAAUCAGCUGCAGCAGAUACGCUCCAUUGCUGGUGUCAGGUUCUCAUGUGGCACGCUUGUAUAUCUCCUCACUGUGACCAGCUUGUCCACGGGAUACAAAGAAGCAGCUGUGUUGAGUUAGAGGAGCAAAUUGUUGUUCAUGAGAGCAGCAAGCGCUGAGGUUUCAUGAAGAUGGAAUAAGAUGCUCGGCUCUUAAGGAAAUACUUGACACAUGCUGUUAGUGAGCAUCAGACCUUGGAAUGUUUUCUAAGGGCUUUUGACACAGAUCCGAAGGCUUUUAGGAGAAGAACCUACCGAUAAAGCAACGUCUAAUCAGCAGUCAGUGUCACUGCAAAAGACAGAAGAGGAUUCCUGUUGGAGUUGACAUUUUCCGUGUGGAUAUAUUAUAUUUUAAACUUGACUUUUUCCUCUAAAUUGGAGACAGCAGUGCAACGCUCGUACACAUUUUUACAACCACAUCAUCACCACCCACUUAUGUCAUACAUUUGUAUUCGCUGUAAGUAUUAACACAUUUUUGCCACUCAUUCAUAUUUCACACUGAAAGACCAUUAGGAUGUUCCCAGGGGGUAGCAACAGGAUGUAGGUUGUAGGGGGUAGUACGGACAGGUGGUGGGCUGAGUCCAACAAGUCCCGCUCUGUCUAACCUUUCCCCCCACGUGGAUUUUAUUUUGUUUAAAAAUGCAUUGCCUGGACACAGCUAAAAGUUUGCAGCUGCCAAUCUCUGCCGGAAAGGAGCACUGUGUUCCAGUCACAGUCCACGGCUGGAAACGCACCUGAAAUCCGAACCAAUACAGUUGUGUUUUUGGGAUCUUUUCUUCUUUACCGUUGUCAACCCAACCACCAUCAUUUUCUCCAACGGGUCUUUGGGCGCCUCUCGACGCCCACCUCGGCCUGUUGUCUCCUCGAGCACCCUGGAAGGGAGAGGGUCCAUGGAGUGGACAAUGGCCGGGUGCCAUUAUCCUUCGCCAACACCGCCAGAAAGAGACCGACGAUACCAGCAUAAAGUGUCCCUGGUGGUGCGCUACUUCAUGAUCCCUUGCAACAUCUGCUUGAUCCUGUUGGCCACAUCGACGCUGGGAUUUGCCGUGCUCCUCUUCCUCAACAACUACAAACCUCCUCACUUUACACCUGCUCAGCCUCCUGACGGCUGCCGAGGGAAGUUGUGCGGGUUUGGCGCCGUUUGUGAGCGAGACCCGAAAAACCCUGCCAGUGCAGAGUGCGUGUGCAAGAGACUGGAUAAUUGUCCAUCCUUGGUUGCGCCUGUGUGUGGGUCCGAUUCAUCCACCUAUACAAACGAGUGCGAGCUGGAGAAAGCCCAGUGCCGUAGCCAGCGGCGCAUCAAGGUGCUGCGUAAAGGCCCAUGCUCUCUCAAAGACCCUUGCACUGAGGUGACCUGCAGCUACGGCAGCACCUGUGUCCAGUCAACUGAUGGCUUGUCGGCUAAAUGCAUGUGCCCACUUGGCUGUGAGGGAAGACCAGAGGUGACAGUAUGUGGCAGCGAUGGGAAGGACUACCGCAACGAGUGUGAGCUGCAUCAGUAUGCCUGCAAAAACCACAAGAAUAUCAGGGUGCAACAUCAAGGACGAUGCGACCCUUGUAAAGACAGUGAGAACAGUCUAAACACAAUGUGCCGGGUCGAAGCUCUCACCCGCCAACCACUUAUCUUUGGAUUGCCCGAGUCAUGCCCCCCAGCUAGCGAGCCGUUAUGCGCCAGUGAUGGUGAAACCUACCCCAGCGAGUGUGCCAUGAGAGCAACGGGUCUACAGAAAGGAGUCAAACUCAGGAAGAUUCACAGCGGAUGGUGCAGAAGGCUGGAAGAAUGUAAGGAGGAGUGUCGCUUCAACGCCGUGUGUCUGGUAGAUCAAUUGAACGCUCAAUGCUCCUGCGAUCCCAUCGAGUGUGACGGGACCUACAAGCCUGUCUGUGGCAGGGAUGGUCGCACCUACACCAACGACUGUGUGCGCCGCAAGGCUGAGUGCCUGGACAAGACCCCCAUUCCCGUCAAACAUCCAGGACCGUGUGAUCUCAACAUGCCAAGCCCCUGCUUGGAUAAAGUGUGUCAUCAUGGCGCAGUGUGUGUCGUCAAAAAUCAUGAGCCAGUGUGUGAAUGCCUGGAAGCCUGCCCCCAAUCGUCAGACACGGUUUGUGGCUCUGACGGCAGCAGUUACGGCAGCCCCUGCGAGAUGCGAGCAAUGGGUUGCGCUCUGCAAAAGGCUAUCUAUGUCCAGCAUAAAGGACCCUGUGAUGAGUCCUGUGGCAACUGCUCUUUCGGAGCGAUCUGUGAUGCCCAGAGUGGACAGUGUGUUUGUGCAACAGAGUGUGUGGAGUCCCACCAGCCCGUAUGCGGGAGCGACGGCACGACAUACAACAGCGAAUGCGAACUGCACGUACGAGCCUGCAAAAAACAGAUGGAUCUUCGAGUGGUCAGCCAGGGAGAGUGCAAAACUUGUGGCAACACUGUGUGUGCCUGGGGCGCCCGUUGUGUACGAAGUAAGUGCGAGUGUCCAUCAUGCUCGGGUGAAGCGUUCUCCCCGGUGUGCGGAAGUGACGGCACCACUUAUGAGAACGAGUGUGAACUCCGCCUGUCCUCGUGCGUGCAGAAGAAGAGAAUCGAUGUGGCGAAUUCCGGCAGAUGUGAUGAAGACUGUGGCUCUGGAGGGUCCGGAUCUGGUGCAGAGAGCUGCGAACAAGACCGCUGUCGCUUGUUUGGAGGGUCAUUGGACGAAGAUGCCGAAGAAGACCGAUGCAUUUGCGACUUCAUUUGCCACACUGUGCCUCACGCCGAGGUCUGUGGCUCAGACGGGAAAACUUACAACAAUGAGUGUGAGCUGAAGAAGGCAAGGUGUGAGAAACAAGAGCAGUUGACAGUUCAGCACCUGGGAUCUUGUGCAGCCACAUCGCUGCCUGAGCCCACCGAGUCUCAGCACUGCUCUCUGUCUGUGUAUGGCUGCUGUGCCGACAAUUUUACAACUGCCUUGGGAGUUGGACUGGCCGGUUGUCCGAGUACUUGCCAAUGCAAUGUCUAUGGCUCCUACAAGGGUACAUGUGAUCCAGCCAGUGGUCAGUGCUCUUGCAAACCAGGAGUCGGUGGACUUAAGUGUGACCGCUGUGAGCCGGGCUUCUGGAACUUCCGCGGCAUUGUGACGGAGAACAUGAGCGGCUGCACACCAUGCAACUGUGACGCAAGCGGGUCCGUGCGUGAUGACUGUGAGCAGAUGUCAGGUCUGUGCUCCUGUAAGGCCGGGGUAAAGGGCAUGAAGUGCAACGUGUGCCCUGAUGGAAGCAAAAUGGGCAUGAAUGGCUGUGACAAAGGUCCAGAGGCUCCGAAUUCAUGUGACAAGUUAGUUUGUAGUUUUGGAGCUUCUUGUAUUGAGGUGAAUGGUCAAGCCUUCUGUGAGUGCCCCUCAACUGACUGCGAUGAGCGGAACAAAACUAAGGUGUGCGGUUCUGAUGGGGUGACGUAUGCCGACCAGUGCCAGCUGAGGACAAUUGCCUGUAGGCAAGACAAGGAUAUCACAGUGCAACACUUUGGACAAUGCACAGAAACCAUCUCCGAGCGGGCCGAGCGACCCACUCCAACACCCCUUGCCGCCACCACCAUCACAACGCCAGCACCCUUAAAUCAUAACAUGGUGUGGGCCAUCCCACCUCCGAGAACAGAUGAGACUACGGAGCAGCCCGCUGCCCCCACGCCUUCACCCACUUUCACUCACCACCGUGCGCAAACAAAACACCACCACCACUCCAUCCACAUCCAACCUCAGUCGCCACGGUCAACCACUGCCACCGCCUCUCGCAGUAGCCCUGCCUCCUCCGCUGAUGCAAAGUCAUUCGAAGGUUCAGGGAGCGGGGAACCGAGUGGAGAUGACCAAGCCGAGGAAGAGGAGGAGCAGGAAGAGGAAACAGGAAGCGGCGUCCCAACGGAGGCCAGUGGGGCGGAGGAAUCCUUUGGACCCACAAUGGAAAACCCUGCAAUACCCAUUGCUGACCAAAGGCCAUCUUGUGACAACACGGAAUUUGGAUGCUGCCCUGACAGCGAGACUCCGGCCAGCAGCGCAGAAGGAGCCAAUUGUCCACCCACCAUGAAGUUCAGUGGUUUCCUGCACUUGGACCAGGUGGAGGGCCAAGAAAUAGUCUACACCCCUGAGAUGGAGGACCCAAAGUCUGAACUUUUUGGAGAGACGGCCCGCAGCAUCGAAAGUGCCCUCAAUGACCUAUUCAGGAAGUCAGAGGUUCGCAGAGACUUCAUGAGUGUUCGUGUGCGCAACCUGGCGCCCAGCAACUCCAUCUUGGCCUUUGUGGAGGCUAAUUUCAAACCAGAUACAAGAUACACAGUAGAGGACAUUGAGGGAGCCCUGCUUAAACAGCUGAAGGUCUCCAAGGAAACGAGCAUCACAGUGAAGAAGCCAGUGGAUGAAAAUAUUCGCUUCAACAACUAUGGCCUAUCAUCCAUGCCCUUCUUUACCACCACAACUGCAUCAGUCACUACUCAUGCUCCCACUACCACCACCAGGCGUCUGGUCACUUCCCCUUAUAUCACCCGUCGGCCGCCAGGCACGACACGAAGGCCCGGCAGACGCACCACCACGACAGCAGCACCCAUCAGCACCACGGACUCUAUCAUGACCACAACAGCAAUGACGCCAACCACCACCGUCGCCCAUGUUCGCGAAAAACUGCACAAACACCAGAGACCCUGCGAUUCUCAUCCUUGCCUCCAUGGGGGAACCUGUGAGGAGGAGGGCAACGACUUCAACUGCAAGUGUCCUGCUGGGCGAGGAGGCUCUGUAUGUGAAAAAGUGAUGAAAUACUUUAUCCCAUCGUUUGGUGGCCACUCCUACUUGGCCUUCCAAACCAUGAGCGCCUACCACACUGUUCGCAUUGCCAUGGAGUUCAGGGCAUCCGAGAUGACGGGCAUCCUUCUCUACAACGGUCAGGAGAACAAGAAGGACUUCAUUUCUCUGGCCGUGGUGAAUGGCAAAGUGGAGCUCAGGUUCAACACGGGUUCAGGUACAGGCAUCGUGGUCAGCAAUGUUGAAAUCACUCCAGGCCGCUGGCAUCAGCUGGUUGUAACUCGCAAUCGACGUCUCGCCAUGCUAAGCGUGGACAACGAGCCGCACGUCGAGGGCGAAAGUCCACGUGGAACUGAUGGACUCAACCUAGACACCAAUCUGUUCAUUGGAGGAGUACCUGAUGAAAUGACGCAAGAUGUAAGGGAGAGGACCGCUGUAGCCUCUGGUCUUGUCGGAUGCAUCCGCCUGCUGGAUGUCAACAACCGGGUGCUCAACCUACAAGAGAACGGCGUCGAUAAUCUCUAUGGCAGUGGUGUGGGUGAAUGUGGCAACAACCCCUGCCUGCCAAACCCCUGCAAGAAUGGUGCCACAUGUCAGGUCAAAGAGGCAGAGAUGUUCCACUGCACGUGCAGAAAAGGAUUCUGGGGCCCAACCUGUGCCGACGUCCAUGAUCCGUGCGAGCCCAGUAGAUGCCAUCCAUCCUCUCAGUGCCAGGCACUUCCCGAAGGAGGCUACAAGUGCGAAUGUCCGAUGGGACGUGAAGGGAGGCACUGCGAGAUAGUUGCUGAAAGGAGUGGAGCAUACAUGCCAUUAUUCAAUGGAGACUCGUACUUAGAACUCAAAGGGCUGCAUCUUUACGGACAUGAUCUUCGUCAAAAAGUCAGCAUGACAGUGGUACUUAUGGCCAACGACUCCAAUGGCCUCAUCUUUUACAACGGGCAAAAAACGGACGGAAAAGGAGACUUCAUCUCUUUGUCCCUCAAUGAAGGAAUCCUGGAGUUCCGAUAUGACCUUGGCAAGGGGCCUGCUACCAUCAGGAGUAAAGAACCUAUCAGACUCCACACAUGGAACACCAUCAGUUUGGAGCGCUCUAAUCGCAAAGGAGAGAUCAUGGUGAACAAGAAGGACGCUGUGAGAGGAGAGGCACCAAAAUCACGCAAGAACCUCCAUGUGGACCUGAACCUAAAAGAGUCUCUCUUUGUUGGUGGAGCUCCUGACUAUAGUCGACUCGCAAGAAGUGCUGCACUUACAGAAGGCUUCAAGGGAACCAUCCAAAAGAUCAUCUUGAUGGGUACGCCCAUCCUCAAAGAGGAGAACGCCCUGCGCUCUCAGAAUCUGGCCAUGUUCCAGGAGCACCCCUGUUCCCGGGAACCCUGCCACAAUGGGGGACGUUGCAACCCCCAGCUGGACACUUAUGAGUGUAUUUGCCUCAGCGGCUACUCUGGGGGACACUGUCAAAAUGCCAUUUAUGAGAAGUCUGCCGGCACGGAGACUGAGGCCAUUGCCUUUGAUGGGCGGACUUUCAUCGAAUACCACAACGCUGUCACAAGGAGUGAAAAAGCUCUGCUGGUGAACAAAUUUGAACUCAGCAUCCGUACCGAGGCGACUCAGGGCCUCGUGCUGUGGAGCGGGAAGGGUGUCGAGCGUUCCGACUACAUCGCCCUGGCCAUCGUUGACGGUCGCGUUCAGAUGAUGUACGAUUUGGGCUCCAAGCCGGUGGUGUUGCGCUCCUCCGUGCGCGUCGACACCAACCGCUGGAUACGCAUUAAGGCUAGCAGAGCCCUACGAGAUGGAUCGCUACAAGUCGGCAAUGAGGCAGCAGUGACAGGAUCAUCGCCUUUGGCAGCAACUCAGCUGGACACAGACGGAGCGCUUUGGUUGGGCGGCCUGGAGGAAGUGGCGGUGGCACGUCGGUUGCCCAAGGCCUACAGCACAGGCUUUGUAGGCUGCAUCAAGGAUGUGGUCGUCGAUGGCGUGGAGCUCCACCUGGUGGAGGAUGCAUUAAACAGCCCCCAAAUAUUACACUGUCCAGCGGCCAAAUAAGGCCCAAAAAAACACUGAGAGAAAAGAGGAAACCAAUCAGUAACUACUCAAGAAAUCCUCCCCAUCCUUUCCACUCCCUCCAUAGCACCAAUGUCUCCUGCUGUAAUUAUUUUCUAUUUUUGUAUACUUUUCGUCGCUUUUUAUAUGGGAAGAAAAUGUUUUUAAAUUUCUUGUUUUCCCUCAUAAUUUCUUUUAAUCUGUUACUCCGUUCACAUCUUUUGCCUUUUUUUAAUCAACAUGUAAGGCAUAUUUUUCAGUGUAUCGCGUUUGCUGUUUAAUCCGUCAGAGGUAACAAAAGGUUGCUACUUGAUGUUGCUCAUUACUUGAACUCUGGUAUUGAUUAUUACUUAAGCCCUUAUCAUGGUGCCAUAUCCGUCGCUUACAUUCCCCAGACAUUUUUUACAUGCAAUAUAAUAUAUACAGAAUACAUUACUUUUAUUAUACAUUCCCUCUCCAACUCCCGGUCAAAGUAUUUUCCUAAUGGGACUAUGAGAUCAAUCAAGCUGCUACAGUGAGAAGUACAACAACAAAAACACUCAUCCAUCACUCUUUAACUCAUGGCGCCAAAAAUGUAAUUUAAUUCAUACUAAAACUACUAUUUGUUGUAUCUAAAGCCCAACUGAUGCUAACACAUCAUUAUAUUAAAUAAAUUGUUAUAAAUAGAGUUUAUGAAUGAUACCAGAGACUGUGAAUAUGUAACAUUGUUGUUUUUCUCAGAGAAUUUUGGGGUCUGUUUUUUUUUUGUUUUUGUUUUAUUUUGUUUUUCUCAAGCAAAACAUAACUCAUAAUUACCACUUUUAACGCAUGGACUUAUGCAGUGUUGAUUUUUUUCCCUCUUUAACCAACUAAAAAACACAAGUAAAAUGUUUUUUUUAACAAUAAGAAAUUGUUGGCUCACUUACUGUAUCUUCUCUUCCUGGUUUUAUGCGGGACCCUUGAACGGUGCACGAGGGGAGAAAUUGUCUUGAGGGAGGAUGGGGGAAAAAAACGGAGUAAUGCAAUGGGAGAGAGACGAUCAUCUUUGGAUGUGUCUUGCCUGGCAACAGUCAACAAACAACAAGAAGACGUUUUCUUUUUAUAUUCCACAUUCCUGGAAGACUCUGGCUGUUGAGAGUGACUGUGACACUUGUUGAAGCCAUAACAGCCACAAAUAAACAAUUAUUCUUGUUAACUAACAUACUGUAGUAGCGCAUGGGUUUGUAACAUUCAGUGAUGCAAUGAGGAGUUGCUAAACCACAAUAAGCUGUGAUGACAUAUCUUCUUUUGAUAUGAUAUCUUUGGCAAUAUAUUCUAUGACAAAAUCAUGCCUGUUUUGUGGUUAAGUAUCAGUCAGUCUUGUUGGUUUUCAUUCUUAAUAAUGGUUCCCCUCUAAAAUGAUUUGGCAACCAGUUUUGUUUGUACAGCCCACCUGUUUUAAGUGCAAAAUGUGUUAUUUGUGGAGGUUUAUGUUGUUGUUUUAUUUUAGUAAUAUACACUGGAGCCGUGUCUCUUCUACCACACGUUAAUAAAUGUACAUGGGGGAGGGAUAUCACUAAAGCUAUAAUUAUACUGUGUUGUGCGUAAUAUCAGGUGAAUUCAGGGGGCCCUUUUCUGGUGUAAAAAGACUUGUCUCAGUUCCAGCACUCGCUCUCUUUACGUCUUGCUUAAAACAUGCUGUUCUUUGGAUAUGGCCAAUUGAGGUGUCGACACUAAAAAUAUAUGUAUAUUUGUACAUGACACCAAACAAAAAGACGAUUUAUUGCCAACUUGGAAUUGCCUUUAAAGUCACCAGUCACCUUGACUCUAAGCUUCUUUUUUUUUUUUUCUUUUGCCAAUUGAUAAAGCCAAUCUACAUAUGAUAGUCAUGGUAAUAACAGAUAAAAUCAUAGUUUGGGGGUAAAAAAAACAAAAAAAACGAGAGGAAUGUUCAUUUCCCCUUUUUUGUUCCUAACAUAUUUAAAAGUGGAUGUAAACUACUGCCCGAUCUCAAACCUGAAGGGGUAGUGCACCAAGUAAAAGUGGCAUGACCUGAACAUUACUAACUUUAUGACCUUUGUCUUGUGUUCCUACCAUCAUGAAAUAAAAUGUCUACCAAAAUGGG